AAAUCGUGCACCAAAAAUACGUCGUCGUACAUAUCGUGCACAUGGUCGUAUCAAUCCAUAUCAAUCAAGUCCAUGUCAUGUUGAAUUGAUUCUAAGUGAAAAAGAAAAUAUCAUGUCGCGUACAACCGAAGAUGAUCAACCACAAAAGAAAAAAGAAUCGAAAAAGAAACUUAAACGACAAAAAAUGAUGGCCAAAGAAUAA